UUGGGUGUUUCGAGCCCGCAGUUUAACACAUGUUUUCAGAUUGGAAAAUCCUUACGUGCUGAUGAGGAACCGUCAACAGAAUUACCUGCGUACAAACUUAGCGCUGGUUUUGCAAUUGGUCUGAUAUGUCUUGGGCUAGGUGAGGGACUCUUUGUCUGGAAGCCUCCGUUCAAACAACCACUGCCCUCCAUUCCUGAUCGACUGCGAACAUUGAUGAUAGGUGGACCGAGGAUAUUCCUGAAUUUGCGUUUUCUUCAAAGGGAAUUUCUGUUAGUUCAGGAGGGCACUAAUGUGAACGUGCACAUGACAGCUCAUCCAGCUACGAUUGCCCUAGGAUUGAUGUACAUGCGCACAGGAAAUUUGGAAAUUGCUAGAGACCUAGAACUGCCGGCCACAAUAUCUAUGCUUGAAGAAAUACGUCCUGAUGUGAUCUUUGUGCGUGUGGUAGCUCGAAGUUUAGUGCUUUGGGACAUGAUAGAACCAACAUGUGCUUGGAUUGACAAGCAGAUUCCAAAUAUUAUUCAUGAAUAUGCACUUGCGGUGUUGAAGUUUCCAUCAAAUAUCGAAGUAAAUAUUACUGACAAAGAACAGGCUUACUGGGAUGAAGUGGUGGAUAAGGAGACAGUGGCAGAGGUGUACCUAUACGCAAUGACAGCAGCGUGUUUCGUAAUGGCACUUAAAUUUAGUGGAAUCAUUGGUGAUAGGUAUGAAGACAUUCUUAAGAUACUGGUAAGAACAACAUUUUUGUUCCCCACGAACUAUUUUACCUUACAUAGCUUUAAUUCUGUUUUUUUAAGAUAUGGAUUUAAAAAGGAUAACCUUUCCAUAGCUCUGCUGGUAAUAUCUAUGUACCCUAUAGUUGCGCAUCACGUCGCGGACAAUAGAUUGUAUCACCAGCCACUGCGUUUUCUGUGGACUCACGCCGUCGAACCACGCUUGCUUGUGCCAACGUGCCGCAAAAAGAACAAACCAAUUCAGUGUGACCUCGAGAUACAGUUCAAGGUAGGUCAAACAGUGUUUUUUAUGGUUUAUUUUUUCAUUUUAUCGGUGAAUUUCGUUAAGCAAUGCUUGCAAGUCUACGGCGCCUCUCAGGUGGAUAUGAAGCUGUAA